GAGAAAGCACAGGCAGCCUACGUACGGGUCGGCUUGUGUUGUGGGACUCGCGGAGACCUAAACGCGCUCCCGCAGGAGCUGUCCUGGAGGACAUUUUAUUAAAGGGACGGCUACAGUUCCAGGAUGCUGAGCCUGGGCGCGCUGUCGGCCUGCUUGUGGUGCUGCGGCCUGGUGCAGACCGCGCCCGCCCCUGGCUCGCUGAGCCGCCCCCGCUCCAUGGGGGUGCCCAUGUCGCCGUGCCCGUCCGUGUUCCGGUACGAGCGGCGCGGCGGUGGCUGGGCCGGGGUGGUGACGGUGCCCACGCCCCCGACGGACAUGCCGCUCGUGCUGCGCGUCGACCUCACCAUCGCGGCCGCGCUCACCACGAAGUACGCCGGCACGCUGCAGCUGCAGGAGGGGCGGCGCGCGCUGCUGGCGCGCCUGGCCGCGGGGGACCGCCGGCCCGUGCGCUACCUGCUCCGCUUCCCCGCCAACAUGCCCCUGCCCACCGUCACGCGCGUCCACGCCAUGGGGCAGAACCUGUGCCGCAGGGCCGCGGCCGGCGGCGGGGCGGUGGGCGUGCGGGAGCCCGGGGUGACCACCACCAUCAGCCUGGAGCACUCGGUGCGGCCCGAGCGCGUGGUGGAUGACGCCCAGGCGCCGCCCGCCACUGGCAGCAGCAGCACGCCCAGCACGGCUCGACCACCCGGCACCGUGCAGCUCUUCGUGCAGAACGACAGCACCCCGGAAGCGCCGUUGCAGGGCGCCAGCACCGCGGAGACCACCAGUGAAGACAGCGACGACGACGACCAGGUGUGCGGACGGCCAGUGCACCACCGGCUGCUCGUGGCCGGGGGCGGCGCCUCCAACCCCGGGGACUGGCCAUGGCUAAGCGCCGUGUUCGUGUCCACGUCCCUCGGCCUGGAGUACCACUGCGCCGGCAGCCUCGUGUCGGCGGGCCACGUCCUGACGGCGGCGCACUGCGUCCACCGCCACAACCCCGAGGCCCUGCUCGUCUACCUGGGCCGCCACAAUGUGCGCAAGUGGACCGAGCCGCAGGCGCAGGCCAGAGAGGUGGCGGCGGUGCACGUGCACCCAGACCACCAGGCCGCCAACUACACGGCGGACGUGGCGGUGCUGCAGCUGUCGGAGCGCGUGGCGUACGACUGGUUCGUGCGGCCCGUGUGCAUCGACUGGACGGGGCCCGAGGCGCUGGGCGAGGUGGUGGGCCGCGUGGGCACGGUGGUGGGCUGGGGCCGCGACGAGCACGGGCACGCGCUCAGCUCCGAGCCGCGCGCCGCAAGCCUCCCCAUCGUGUCGCAGGAGGCCUGCCUGCGCAGCAGGACCGAGUUCCUGCAUGUCACUUCGGAGCGCACGUUCUGCGCCGGCUUCAGAAAUGGCUCCGGCCCCUGCAACGGCGACAGCGGCGGCGGGCUGGUGCUGCCCGGGCCCGUGGACCCGGCGCAAGCAGGCUCCGCGGGCGCGGCCGGCCCCUGGUUCCUCCGCGGCGUCGUCUCCCUGUCGCUGAUGGACGGCGAGAGGCGGACGUGCGACCUGAGGCACUACGUCGUCUUCACGGACGUAGCCAAGUUCCGCGGCUGGCUGUCCGGCCUCAUCAGAGCUCCACGCCGAGCGGUCAGGCCGCCGCCUGGCUCCACCAAGCAGGUCGAGGUGGAGACGCAGACAGACCUGGAUGACCAGCCCAUCUGGGACUCGGAUCCCCUGCCGAACUGAUGACCAUGGACCCGUCGGUGGCAAGAGAAGGGCGUGACAUGUUUCCGCUUUGGAAGUAACCUUGAUGUGAUAGACUUAAAUAGACUGAAGGAAAUUACUACCGGUGAAUAUAGUGCGUAGUGCCGACGGCUGACUUGUGAUGCAUUCCACUUAGACUGCAAUAUACCAUAAAAAGGCGACUCCUUGUGUAAAAGAAACUGAUUAGACUGUGAGGUAUGUACUAA